CAACCUCAAUCAUUUCUCUCUCUCUCUCUCUCUGAGAAAAUGGAAUUUUUCUGAGUGAAAAGCUGCUGCUGGUUUGAUUUGUGUUGUGGGCAUUGAUUGUUCUUACCUGGAGUGGUGGCUACAAGAUCUUUUGGAGGUGGUGGAAAUGGGCGGAGAAGGUGGUGGCGCUUCCCGGAAAUUCAGGAGAGCCGCCAAGAAAAUAUUUGUUCAGACAUGUGGAUCUUUCUGUCACAGACAGGAUCAUCCCUCUGCCUCUGCCACAACUAUUUCACCGAAUUAUGCGAGCUCGCCGGAAAAUCCGACAACGAGCAUUUCUUGUAAGAAGAUGAUGACGACGCCCGCCGCUGCUGCCCAUACUGAUACUGCUCCCUCUUCUAAUAAGACAUUGUGCGCCAUAUGUCUCGACCCUCUAAACUACAGCUCCGGCAGCGGCGCGGGCCAGGCGAUCUUCACGGCCCAGUGCUCGCACGCCUUCCAUUUCGCGUGCAUUUCCUCGAACGUGCGCCAUGGCAGCGUCACCUGCCCCAUCUGCCGCGCCAACUGGACUCAGCUCCCUCGCAACCUGAACGGCCGAUGCUCCGUUCACUCCCCCAAGCCGGACCCGAUCCUCCAGAUCCUCGAUGACUCCAUCGCCAAUUCCCGUGUCCACAGACGAUCCUUCCUCCGCUCUGCUCGCUAUGACGACGACGACCCCAUCGACCCUGACCACACGGCCGCCAACUAUCCGCGCCUCCAUCUCUCCCUCGCCCGUCCGUCUAAUGUUUCUUCGGCCUCAUACGACGAAUCGCCCUCAAAUGGAGGGACUCCCCUGUUUUCCCCUGUUUCGCCUAGCAGCAGGGCUUGUCUCCGUGUGAGGCUCUCUCACCAGCCCGCGACGGAUUUAGUUCUUGUCGCGAGCUCCAACGGCCCGCACCUGAGGCUGAUGAAGCAGGCGAUGGCGUUGGUUGUUUUCUCGCUCCGGCCCAUGGACCGUUUAGCUAUCGUGACGUACUCCUCUGCUGCUGCGCGCGUCUUCCCUUUGAGGCGCAUGACGUCGUACGGGAAGAGGACCGCGUUGCAAGUCAUCGACCGGAUGUUCUACAUGGGGCAGGCGGAUCCGAUGGAGGGGCUCAAGAAAGGGGCGAAGAUACUCGAGGAUCGCGUCCAUAAGAACGUGCAAUCUAGCAUCCUGCAUCUGACCGACACCCCUUCGAGAUCCUACCAUCGGUUCGACAUGGAGGUUGGUGUUGUGGUCCACCGGUUCCAUGUGGGGUUCGGGUUUGGGGAAUCGAGUGGGUUCAGCAUGCACCGGUUCGAGGAGUUUCUGGCGAGGACGCUGGGAGGGGCGGUGAGGGACGUGCAGGUGAGGAUCAAUCAGGGGGCGAGGAUCGUUAGGAUCGAGGAGCUGAGAGGCGGCGAGGAGAGGAACAUACCGGUUUAUUUGCCGGAUUGUGGGCCCGUGCGCGUGGAGUAUAGCUACACGGAAGGCGGGGGCGAUGGCGAGUGUGUGAGACGAGGCGAGGCCGUCGUAGCGGAUAGAGGAGAUGGGAGUGGGGAUGGUGAUGGUGUGGGGAUAGGUGGGAGGAUGAGCAGUGGUGAGAGCUGGGAUUUUCACGAUCCUUUCAUGGCUAGAAGAUGGGCUAAACAUUUGCAUGGUUAUAGGCUUUAGUUGGUAUUUUUGUAAUUCUACACACACAUUUGAUUUAGUUUUAUUUUUUAGGUCUUGUCUUUGAAUAAAUUAAUUUUCCAGAACAUGAUAAUGUGGUUCAGUUCGAAAGUACUAUUGUGUGGUA